UCUCUCAAGCCCGGAUUUUUCCGCGCCACUCCCCCCACUCACCUCCCAGGACGAGAUGGCGGUGAGGGUGGUGGUGGAGCCCGCGGGCCGCGUGUGCUGGGACGAGCCGGUGCGCAUCGCCGUGCACGGCCUGGCCCCCGAGCAGCCCGUGGCGCUGCGCGCGUCCCUGCGCGACGAGAAGGGCGCGCUCUUCCGGGCCCACGCGCGCUACCGCGCCGACGCCCGCGGCCAGCUGGACCUGCAGCGCGCGCCCGCGCUGGGCGGCAGCUUCGCGGGGCUCGAGCCCAUGGGGCUCGUCUGGGCCCUGCAGCCCGACAGGCCCUUCUGGCGCUUGCUCAAGCGGGACGUGCAGACGCCCUUGCUGCUGGAGCUGGAGGUGCUGGACGGCCGCGAGCCCGCCGGGCCCGGCGAGCCCGAGGGCGGGCGCGUGCUGGCGCGGGCGGUGCACGAGCGGCACUUCAUGGCGGCCGGGGUGCGGCGGGUGCCGGUGCGCGAGGGCCGGGUGCGGGCCACCCUCUUCCUGCCGCCAGGUCCUGGACCCUUCCCUGGGAUCAUAGACCUGUUUGGAGUUGGAGGAGGCCUUCUGGAGUAUCGAGCAAGUCUGCUGGCUGGGAAGGGUUUUGCUGUGAUGGCGCUGGCUUAUUACAACUAUGACGACCUCCCCAAGGACAUGACGAUUCUCCACCUGGAGUACUUUGAAGAAGCUGUGAGCUACCUGCUCAGGCACCCUCAGGUAAAGGGCUCUGGAGUUGGAGUGCUUGGAAUUUCCAAAGGGGGAGAACUUGGUAUUGCCAUGGCCUCUUUCCUGAAAGGCAUCACCGCUGCUGUUAUAAUCAAUGGCUCUCUAUCCAGUGUUGGGGGAACCAUAUGCUACAAGGAUGAGACUGUGCCCCCGGUGGGCAUGGACCACCGUCGGGUCACAACAACCAAAGAUGGCAUCAUGGAUAUUGUGGAUGGCAUAAACAACCCUUUGGAAGGACCUGAUCAGAAGAGCAUCUUUCCUGUGGAAAGGUCUGACACUGCCUUCCUGUUCCUUGUAGGUCAGGAUGACCACAACUGGAAGAGCGAGUUUUAUACUAAUAUGACCUCUGAGCGCCUACAGGCCCAUGGGAAAAAAAAGCCUCAGAUCAUCCUUUACCCCGAGACAGGGCACUAUAUUGAGCCCCCUUACUUCCCCUUGUGCAGGGCUGGCUUGCACUUCUUGGUUGGGGCUAAUGUCUUGUUUGGAGGAGAACCCAAGGCUCAUGCCAUGGCCCAGCUGGAUGCGUGGAAGCAACUCCAGACUUUCUUCCACAAACACGUGGGUGGCACAGAGGGCACAGUCCCAGCAAAACUGUAAUUUCUAGUUGACUGAGUGACCUCUGAUGCUGGUCUGCCCUAGGAAUCGCCGCCACUUUUAACAUACUUUUCUUUGUAAUAAAUUCUUAGUUUCUUUCCCAAAAGGUUUUU